UAGGUGGGGCCCUGUCACUAAUUUUGUGAGGCAAGAAGAAGGGGUGUGGGCCCCCCACCCUAAAUCAGAUCUUCACCUCUGCUCCCCUAUCCACUGAGCAAGACCCAGAGAGAAGCCUCCAGGGCCACAUUUCCUGUGAGGUACCAUUGCCCAGAUUUCCAUCCUUGCCCGCCUCCCUUGGUCCCUCCCAAUGGGUUCCUCCCUGACUGCUCACCUGUAAGAGACUCACCUGCUCCUGCCUCCAUGGCCAAAGGCAACCCAGAAGAGACAUGGCCAGCAUAUUCUCGUAUCAGAGCUCCGAGGUCGAUUGGUGUGAAAGCAAUUACCAGCACUCAACUCUGGUGGCUGAGUUCUACAACUCGAUCAGCAAUGUUCCCUUCUUCAUCAUUGGGCCUCUCAUGAUGUACCUGAUGCAUCCUUAUGCUCAGAAGCGCUCCCUCAUUGUGCAGCUGCCCUGGGUCCUCUUCAUGUUAGUAGGCACAUUCUCUGUGUACUUCCACAUGACGCUGAGUUUCUUGGGGCAGAUCCUGGAUGAACUGGCCAUCCUCUGGCUGCUGGCAACUUGCUAUUGCAUCUGGUUUCCUCGCUGCUACUUUCCCGCAUUCUUGAAGAGGAACAGGUCACACUUCACUUACAUGGUCCUGUUCAUCGCAAUCAUAAUCACCUUCCUGGCCUUCCUAAAGCCAGUGGUCAACGCCUACGUGCUCAACUCCAUCGCGUUGCACAUUUGCUUCUUUGUGAAAAAAGAGUACAAGAAGAAACAUGCUCAAGUGAAUCAUAUGAUCACGGUAUCUGUGCUGUGGUGGUUAUUGGCUGUGUCCACCUGGAUAUGUGACCGGAUCUUCUGCUCCUACUGGCAACAAAUCAAUUUUGCCUAUUUGCACAGCCUCUGGCACAUCUUUAUCAGCAUUGUGUUCCCAUAUGUAGUGGAUGUCUUAAUUAUUCUGGAUGGCCGGUAUGAGAUGCAGGAUAACUCCCUGGAAAUCCACUACUGGCCUCGGGAUGAAUGGCUUAUGGGGCUGCCCUAUGUGACCUUCAAGGGCGAGAAGGUCAACAGUGGGGGCAAGAACUGCUGACGGCCCCAGAGCUUGGAAUAGCAGUGAACCUGACCAUAGCAUCACAGGAAUCCUUGAGUCUUGAAACUGGCACAAACUUCAGAAGGCUGUCUACCUGAACAGGAAUCCUCUCUCAACUAUUCCCAGAAUGACCAUCCAGCUCCACUCAAAAGACCUGCAGGGAUGAGGAACCCAGCUCUUCCUGAGUCAGCACAUUUCACUUUGGAAUAACUCAAGAUUGUUGGGAAUUUUUCUUUUCCAUGAAUGGAAAUUUUCCCUCAAAAUAAUGGCUCCACUUUGCUCCUACUUCCUCUGUAAGAGAUCACAUGGAGCAGGUCUUAGCCAAUCUCAUACUUGAAGAUGGCUCUCGUAUCUCCCAUCUUGCUUAUCUCCAGGCUGAGUAUCCUCACUUCCUUCAAACGAUUCUCCUAUAAACAGAGUCUCUUAGCAUCCUAGGUCCUUCCUUAGGACUUACCCCAGUUUGUCAAUGUACUUUACAAAGGAUGGCCCCAGAAUUGACCAAAAGAGUGGAAAGUGUUCUAGCAUUCAGAAGCAAAGGGUCUGGGGACAAAUCCUGGUUCUGCUCUGCCUUUAUCUAUGUGAUCUUGAGUUAGUCAUUUCCUCUCUGUAAAAUGAAGGAGUUAAACUAGAUGUGACUGCUGAGGUCAUGAUCAGGUCUCAAUUUAGGAUCCCAUGUGGGGAUCUCAACAAGAGGCUCUCCUUUGCUCUGGAAAUUGCUCUUCAAUGAAGACGGCAUAAGACUGCAUUUCUUUCUCCAAGUUUUACCCUCUGGUACCUCCUCAUGAUGUAGAGGCAUUCCCAGGAUUUCAAAAAGCUGUUAGUAGGACAGCACAGGCUCUCUCAGGACUAAUGGACAUGUGUCUGGAGAACCUAAUCUUGCUGAGUAUGGAAAAGGUACCACCAAGUAGGUGGUAGGUUAAUGCAUGUUUUGUUCACAAAAAACUUAAAUGUUAUCUGUUACAUUACAUAAGUUGCAACAUACUACCUUGUGGGAGCAUUCUUUGCCCCCCAAAGUAACCUAUUCUGGAAGUUGUAUUAUACUAAAGUCAGAUGUUGCCUUAGCUUUUUUUCCAACUACAGGAGCUUAAAAUGCAUUAAAGCCUGUAUACAAAUUGUUCAAA